AACGGUAGAUUUUUCUUUUAAUUUCUGUUUAUAACAGAGCGAUGAAUAACAACACCAAAAUAAUACGGAUUGUGGUUCUAUGUGGCGUACUUCUGAGUCCAGUAUACGUCAAUGGCGAUUGGACAGGCGUCAAAGAUGAGUACGUCACACUUUACAACGCUUACAGUUUUGCAGCGUCGGAUAGUCAAUCAUCGACGUUUCACAUGAUCGUCCCACGUCCUGACGUCAUUAUUGCGCUUACGGUCACCCUUACCAUGGAGCUUUACUCGCUUGGCGGCUACGAUGCAGUUUCUGGUUUACUCGAUUUAAUCGGAAGUCUUCACAUGACGUGGAACGACAGCAUUACGUCUCUGGAUUCUAACAAUACCUUCAAUACCGAUACUGUGUCUUCCCUUUUUGUUGAUUAUCGAAGCAUUUGGACGCCAGUUAUUGUUCUGUUUAACUCCGCCGACUCCGUUCAGAGGGUGGGGGACGCAACGUACAAAGUACGAUUCGAUACUGCUACCGGAGAAGUCAAUUGGAAGCCACGCAUCAUCGCACAGGCGGCCUGUUCACCGGAUGUGACGUUUUUCCCGUUCGACCAACAGAAAUGCGAACUUCUUUUUACUCCCUGGUUCCAAGACAACUCCAUAAUAACUUUGAAGGAAGGUUCCAACGAGUGGAAAAUGGGCCAGUAUGACAUCAACGGAGUAUGGUCCAUAGACAAAACUGAGUCCACUGUUACACAGAGUAAAGGAUAUGACGUUGCAAAGUUCACAAUUACAUUCAGUCGAAACCACAUGUACUUUACCAUCAAUCUUGUCUUUCCGGUACUGCUGUUAUCGCUCCUAAGCGGAAUGCUUUUCCUUAUGCCUUCGGGGUCGGGCGAGCGGGUCGGUUUCGGAAUCACAUGUUUUCUGUCGUUCGUCGUCCUGCUACAGACGAUUAUGAACUACAUGCCACAGACGUCAGCGCCGAUGUCUCUAUUCUGUUAUUACGUCAUCUUGAUGAUGCUGUUCACGGGUAUUUCAAGUAUUGCGAACAUUCUGCUGAUGAAAGUCUACCUAACGCCUCAGAAAAAAGUGCCUCGAUUACUCGUGCACUUCCUUGAAAUCAUCAAAUGCAUCAAAUGCAAGCGCAUGAAAUGCAUGAAAUCAAAUGCCAUCGACGAAGAGGUGCGAACCAGUUCAAUGGAACUUAUGCCGACUGUGAAAUCAGUAAAAAGCGACCAAACUUACAGGGAUAAGUUUAAUGCACGGAAUCUCGCUGGAACCGGUGUCGAAUCUCCGCAAAACGGCGUCCUUCCCAAUGGAUCGGCUACUAAAUCUACCAUGAGUGAAAAGGCACUCACAGCACACCAAACAAAACCGGAAAAGACUUCUACGUCCCCUGAUCAAGUCGAGAAUGGAAAAACUGAUGGCGCCGACGCUAAUGCCGACGGGACGGAGAUCGACUGGGACUCCGUCGGCAGAACCCUGGACAUGUUUUUCUUCAUAGCAUUUCUCGGGAUCCAGGCCGCAUUAAGCGUCUUCUUCCUCGUGCCGAUCGGCGCACGGGCGUGAUCAGAACAAAGGAAGAAAACGAUAAAUAUUUACUAAACAGUAAGAACAACGCUUCAUGGAAGGAACGCUACGACUAAUCAACUUAAAUGAACUAACGACUUUGGUUUAAAGUAACUCGCUCAUGGUUUGCAAAAUACACUUUUUAAAUCACGAAAUAAAGUGUCGCAAAUCAUAAGGAGUGUUUAAACAAAAACAAAAGAAAAGCUGGAACCCUUCAGCAAAUUUUGAUAUUUGCUCAAAUAUCGUCGUUGAAGACCACAUUUUUCAUUUAAUAGCGUUUAUAAAUAACGCGAUUGAAAAUUAAUUACGGCUGUGGUGUUGCGUGAUUGGUUGAUUGGCAUUAUCACAUGAUGUUAUCAAUGUAUCGUAACAGGUCAACAUAUCUACUUCUUUUGUUGAAGUCCCUGUGGCCGUGUGGACUAGCCGGCUGUUUUCUACUUUGUUCUUGACUUAACCGGCGUGGAUUCGAACCCCACUACAACCGAAAUACUUUUUUAUGCUAUAACUGUAUUUUUUUGCAAUUUCGAUAUCAUAGCGUAAAAUAAUGAUAAAAUAAGUGUUUUCAGAUGCAUUACCGGGAAAAACUAUUUUUUGGUUAAAAAAACAUGAGCGAGUCACUUUAAUAUAUUCGGCGAAUCUCACUGAAGAAACGUUUAGUUAUGAAAACAGACUAAGUUGUACGAUUUUCACAAAUAUAAUCAACAAACUAUGUAAAAUAUGUAUAUAAAGAGUGGAUUGCAUAAAAUCACCUCUAAAGACAUAGAGGAUAUUAAUGUUUAUUAUAUUUAUUUUUUCUGUAUAUUGUUUUACAUGUUUGAAAUAAUAUAUUGCAAAAUUAUUCAUAUUUUCUUGCGUGCAUGCACUUUUAGUUUAGUGUUUAUAACGAUAAGUCAUAUAUGCUUAUGAUAAAUGAUAAAUAAGUACUUUUUAUCACAGUAUAUAAUCUGUAUACUAGUAUACCAUUGUUUUACAAUACCAAUCACUAACAAUUCAUUGUUAAAUUGUUACAUAUGAAUAUACAUGAAUAUUGUGUUUAUCAAGGCAAUCAAGACAAACUAUUAACAAACAUCUAAGGCUAAAAAUACAGUUCAGGUUUUUGAAAAUUGCAAAUAUAUUCUGAUGCCUUUUUGUAUAUAGAUGAGCCUGCAUUAUUAUUUGUUUAUAUUGUAAAAAUGGAAGCAAAGUUGAUAACUAUUGUUGUUAUACAUUAACAUUCGAACCCCGUUGGCUCGAAUUCGCUUGGCUCGAUUUCAUCGUUGGCUCGAACUGGAUCUAAAGGAUCAAUUGCUUAAUACUAAAAUUGUUAAAAUUCCCGCUUGGCUCGAACUUCCCGAGACUCGAGGUAUUUUCGCCGGUCCCUUAGAGUUCGAGCCAACGGGGUUCGACUGUAAUAUAAAUUAUAUGACGAAUUGACACCCAGUCGAGGUCACUAUGUGAAUGACGUCAUAAUCAGUGUACAUUGAACAAAUCACGCGACAAAUUAAAGUUGAAGCUUUGCGAGACCUGCCAUAAGUUCACAUAGUCUUACAUUGCACUUUCUGGAAGAUUUGCAGGUGACAAUAAACGCUCUACAUUCGUCUAUAGUGUAACAACGGUAUGCGCAGUCGGUUUCGUGCGCAACAUCUAUGGUUGCUAAGUGAUACGUCGCCGUGGAGAUCUCCAUGUUGAUGACGUCAACAAUCGGUGGCCAUAGGCGCUCGAAAAUCGUCUGCCCGGGAUUUUUACGGAGAUAAAUGCCGUUAUCGGAUAUGUUCAUCUCGUCAGGAACGUAUAUCUUGUGAAUAGCUGAAAAUAACAAUGAGUUUACUUUGUGUUAGGAAACAUUAACCACUCUUUGGCCGCCGCACAAUGUUUUUAUUA